AUGGAGGCAGCAAUGCACAGUGAAUCACAAACAGUUUGGGGAUUGCCUUGCUCUGUGCCAAAUUAUGUUUCCCGUCUCCAGCGUGUGAUUUUCAGAUGCAGAGAGAAGAAGUAUGAUUAUUAUAGCCUGCCAAAAACCUCCGUUGUGAUAGCUUUUUAUAAUGAGGCUUGGUCAACACUUCUGCGAACUGUUCAUAGUGUUCUUGAGACAUCUCCAGAUAUACUUUUGGAAGAAAUUAUCCUUGUAGAUGAUUACAGUGACAAAGAACAUUUAAAGGAGGCUUUGGAAAAUUACAUGGCUGGCUUACGCAAGGUGCGUCUUAUCCGUGCAAAUAAGCGAGAGGGGCUGGUUCGAGCCCGGCUGCUGGGGGCGUCUGUGGCAAAAGGAGACAUCCUGACGUUCCUGGACUGCCACUGCGAAUGCCACGAGGGCUGGCUGGAGCCGCUGCUGGCAAGGAUUGCGGAAGAAGAGUCAGCUGUCGUCUGCCCAGUUAUUGAUGUUAUUGACUGGAAUACAUUUGAGUACUUGGGAAAUGCUGGUGAGCCACAGAUCGGCGGAUUUGACUGGAGACUGGUCUUCACUUGGCAUAGUACCCCUGAAAGAGAACAAAAACGGAGGAAGUCCAAGACCGAUGUGAUCAGGUCUCCAACCAUGGCAGGUGGAUUGUUUUCUGUGAGCAAGAAGUAUUUUGAUUAUCUUGGUUCAUAUGACACAGGAAUGGAAGUCUGGGGAGGAGAAAACCUCGAAUUCUCAUUUAGGAUAUGGCAGUGUGGAGGAAGUCUUGAGAUCCACCCGUGCUCACACGUAGGCCACGUUUUCCCCAAACAAGCUCCGUACUCACGGUCCAAAGCUUUGGCAAACAGUGUGCGUGCAGCUGAAGUGUGGAUGGAUGAAUAUAAAGAACUUUAUUACCACCGAAAUCCACACGCUCGCCUGGAACCAUAUGGAGAUGUGACAGAAAGGAGACUCCUUCGAGAGAAGCUGAAAUGUAAGGACUUCAAAUGGUUCUUGGAGAAUGUGUACCCAGAGCUUCACGUACCCGAGGACAGACCGGGCUUCUUUGGAAUGCUGAAGAAUAGAGGAAUGGCAAACUUCUGUUUUGAUUAUAACCCUACAAAUGAACAUCAAGUAACUGGACACAGGAUCAUACUGUACCCAUGUCAUGGCAUGGGACAAAAUCAGUUUUUCGAGUACACAUCCCGUAAUGAAAUACGUUACAACACCCGACAGCCAGAAGUCUGUGCAGCAGUUGAUUCAGGGACUGACUACUUGACAAUGUACCUGUGUCAAGAAAAUGUCCACAGUAUUCCUGAAAACCAGAAGUUUGUUUUCAGAGAGGACGGUACUUUGUUUCAUCUACACACCCAGAAGUGCGUACAAGCUAAGUCAAACGCUUACGAUGGUAACCCAGCACCGUUAUUACGACCGUGUACCAACUCGGACUACCAAAAAUGGUUCUUCAAAGAAAGAAGUUGA